AUGAAGCUUGGGGGGAAGGGGAUGAUCCAGCUGAUGGUACUGCUAUACAAUUGGNUCCAGAUGGAGGGAAGGAGUGGGUGUGAUAAGAGAGGAGACAAGACUGGCCCAGGACACUACAGGGGGAUUAAACUGUUGAACACAGGAGGAAAAGUGUUCUGUAAGCUGCUGAACUAUAGGAUAGUGGAAGUAUUGGAGCAGGAACAUAGCAUUAGUGAGGGCCAGGCAGGUUUCCAAAAGAAGAGGGGGUGCGUAGACCACGUGUUCACGGUAGGGAGAAUCAUCCAAGGUAAAAAGAGGGCGGGAAAGCCGACGUACUGCUUUUUCCUGGACGUGAAAAAGGCAUACCAUACCGUGUGGAGAAAUGGGCUGCGGAAGCAAUUGUCCAAAAAUUCGGUGUCAGGAAUGCUGUUUGCGGAUGAUUUUGUUGGUAUGUCGGACACCCCUGAGGGACUGCAACUGCAAAUUGACGCGGCGAAGAAGUUUACUGAUAAGUGGAGAUUGUCUGCCAACGUUCAGAAGAGUGCCGUCAUGGUAUGCAACAAGGAUAGGGAGGAACCAGUAGAAUGUAGAUGGAAGUGGGGGAUCGAGGAGAUUGUAGUAGUGGACCAGUACACAUNGAUUGAGGCGGCGAAGAAGUUUACUGCUAAGUGGAGAUUGUCUGCCAACGUUAAGAAGAGUGCCGUCAUAACGAGGAAGACGACGAGUUCAAAUGUGNUUUCCGAGAGAGAAGAACAGAAUCUAAGGAAAGAAUCCAAGGAUAAGGAGGGUCUAGAAGUGUUCGGAAUGUUGAAGGAAGGAAUAGGGUUCAAGGAUUACCUACAUGGACCAAUGGAUGCAGGGACAAGGCUUGAGGUCGAAUUCACGACCGGGGACAUAGGCCUUCGAGAACGUCGACGAAGACAUAGGACGGUAGACGACGAAGACGACAAGUUCAAAUGUGAUUGCGGCUUCGAAGACGAAGACCGUGUUCAUGUAGACGCGGAAUGUCAGUUGUAUAGAAGGAGAGGGUAGUGUGCAUUACUGAGCUGGGA